UAAUUUGUGUUAACAAUUAACCUAAUUAAAUCGUUGAAAUAAUGUAAACAAUUAACUUCCGUAGGUUUAAGGUUCAAAUUUGUCAGCGGUUGUGAGUUAAUUGUUACACUCAAACUGAUUUGCAAUUGUUACAAUUAAGUUUUCGGGUGGAGUAGUUAACCAAAAAUUUCAGAUUAAAUGUUUACAAUUGUAGCGAAAGAAAAAUUAACAAUUAGUGGAAAUAAUUUUGUAAAUUGUUACAAUUAAGUAGAAAAGAUUUUAUCAUAUAACCGGAUCAAAGGAUUGAAACAAUUAACCAGAAUAAACCAACAGGAACAAUUAACUGACCCACACACAGUUAAUGAUUAAAGUUUGCCAAGAAAUUAAUGUUCCAACAAUUAAAUUACAUCUCCAUGGAAUCAAAAGUAACACUAUUUAAAGGCUUAACAAUUAGCUGAUUGUCAAUCAGUUGCAAUUUGUAACUUGUUGUGAUUAAGUGAAACUUUAGUUUAUCCAAUAAUUGAUGACAUGGGAAAUCAAUUCUCGUUGAUUAAAUGUACAAAUUAAUUUACUUGUUUCUAUCACUGUUAACAUCAAUUCAACACUCGGUGGGUAAUUUAACCGAUACCAUCGCACCCGCCGCUCAAAAUCACGAUGAUAUUGCUUUCAAGCCUCCUGAGUUUACCAAAGAUGCUCCCGGAAGUGGGGUCAUCCUAUUUCCUUAUCACUUCCCUGGUGGUCAGUAUCCACCGCCAAUUCAACACCCUCCGGGUCCUGCCAAAAGUUUUCUUCCCAGUGAGAAAAGUUUCCUCUCUCUUGGUUUCAUCGACCCCUUGGUUCUGAUCGCGGUGGUUGCCCUUCCACUCUUGACCCUCCUCGCAUUCGGUGCAAUCAUGAUGCCACUGGUUCCAAUUUUCAUCUACAUGUUAUCGAUAUUUUUCCCCGCCGCUGCCGGAAAACGGAAAAAGCGUCAAGUUAAUCUGAAAAUUCCCUUCAUAGAAAACUUAAUUCUCAAACUGGAUAAACUUUGGAAAAAAAUUUCUUAAUUGUUCUCAAUCCUCUAACCAUAAUUACAAUUAGAGCUCAUUAACAAUACAAAAAAAAAUGUUCACUAAUCUCAUCAACUUAUUCCGACAACUUUCUAAUAGUUAAUUGUCACAAUCAAUCGGUUGAUUGUAGAACUAUCAAAAUAUGAUUAAAGAUUUAUGAGUUAAUCAAUAAAUAUUUUUCUCUUUCAUUGAUAAUAUUUUCUUCCUAUUAUCUUACAAAUAAUCAGAACAAUUUGUUAAUCC